AUGGACAGAGUGUGGAAGGGACGCUCCCGACGGCCACCUUUUUUCGAGAAGAGCUCUCACGAAACACGCCUUCAAGCUUCUUUCCUCGGUCCCAAGCGUCUCAAACUUCGACAUGCUGCACAGAUCGACAAGGCUCUCCGCCGGGGAGUACCGCUGCGGUUACUGGACGUCAGUGGGGAUCUUCGACCUCCGGUGUAUGAGUUUAACCCCAUGCUCGUGUUGCAGUUCGCGAACUUGAUUGAAAGCGUCAUCUCUUCUCCGGCGACGGCUCCUUCUCGCGAGGCCCGUGUUGGUUUCUUGAAUUUUCUAUCAAAAGCAAGCGGAAACGACAGUGGCGCGGAGAUCUUGAAGACAGCACAAAAGUACAAAGACCUAACAGAGUUCUUGUUAGAAGCUGUCCAUCCGGUGCUGCUGACUAUGUAUAGAAGAAAACUAAAUCGCACGCCAGCAGGCUCGCAUAACGAUCGUGAGCACCGUCUGGCUCUCGCCAUAGAAGGAGGUGCCAUGAGAGGAUGUGUCAGCGCGGGCAUGGCGGUGGCAUUGCAUCACAUGGGAUAUUCAGAUGCGUUUGACGCCGUCUUCGGGUCCUCUGCUGGAAGCCUCGUAGGUGCCUAUUUCGUCUCACGGCAGUUGCCGUACGAGGGCACGCAGAUUUACUACGAUUGGCUGCCUUUCAUGGGCAAGAAGUUUCUAGAUAUCAAAAGAAUAGGGCGAGGUCUUGGUCUUGGUUUCCUUCUUGAUGGUGAUAUCGUCGAUUUUCUCCUCAACAAGCUCGGCAAACCUCUUCUCAACCUCGAUAUCCUUCUCAAGGACAUAGUGCAAAACAAGCAACCUUUAGACUGGGAUCGGUUUAGGGUGAAUGAUUCCAGGCAGCCGCUGAAGGUCGUCACCUCAGGAUUGUGGAGCCAACGAGCUAUAGUCCUUGACAGUCAACAUGGAAAUAUUCGCGAUCUGCCGUCUUUGAUGGCAUGUAUGCGUGCUUCCAUGCUGCUGCCUGGACUAGCUGGCCCGGUUGUGCAUUUGCCUGUUUACUCGGAGUCAACAAACCUAACACCUCAUUAUCUUCCACUUAUUGCGCCAUCGGCUCUUCCCCGCUUCGCGCCUCAAGCACCUUGCGGCCUAGUGUCUGAGCCCCUGGCUGACGCUCUGCUGUACGAGCCUGUUCCCUUUCGCAGUGCGAUAGCGGACGGAUAUAACCACGUCCUUGUGUUGAGAAGUAGGCCCGACGGAAAACGCGUUGGGCGACUAGGAGGAAUCGAGGCGGCGGUUGAGAACCGCGUUGCGCGCCGAUUCUUCGCUGGCAAGCACAAGUUGCGGCAUGUGUAUGAGUACAUGAGGCAGAGGAAGCAUCGCAUUCGCUACAUGAAGGACAUGCUGAUGCUGAAUGAAGCGACCAACGAAAAAAGCAAGCUUCAGGUCGAGGCCUUCGAUGGAGUGGAGAAGCAGGGAUACGCUUUCGCUGUUGCUUUGGAUUCUUCCGCCGCUGAGAUUGCCCGUGUUUCAAUGACACGGAAGCGAAUUCUGGAGGGUGUGAGAGCUGGUUUCGCUCGCUUGUACGACGUAGCUAUUCCGGAUCCCCAGAAAAGAGGUCUGGGCUUUCAGGAGGCACUUAAGGUUUUUCCGUCGAACCUUCCUGGUGUGAUUGAGGCUAUCACUUCCUCGAAUUCAUCUGCCACUUCAUUUCCUUUGGUCCCACCAGUAUUCGACGACUCGACCGACAGUAUAGGCGAUCCUGCGGAACUCGCCGACUAUGUUACGCGAGCGGCAGCCAUUGAGCGGAGGCGACGGCAUAUCACAGCGCAAGAAGCCAACAGUGGAUACCCAGCAACCCACAUAUGUUGA